AUGGCGCUCGCCCUCGCCGAGCAUCGCCUGGCGCUCCUCGGCGGCAAGUGCCAGGUCUUUGGCGAGCAGCCCUGUGCUGCGAAGCGCAGCCGCAGCUACUCCGGGUGCUCCAGGCCGCUCGCGAAGUCGGGCCAGAGCCGGGAGAGGAGGGCGCCAACCGACCCGGAGGGUCGAGGGCGGGGCCGGGGCCCGUGCACAUGCGUGCACCGGGCCUCCUCCAUGAGGUGCGUGCCCAAGCAUCUCUUGCUGUCGCUCGACGGCCUCGCGGCGAUGCGCGGCAGUGAGCGCCGCGCCCCCUCGCCGGGCGCGGCCGCGUGCGCCGCCGUCGCCGCGGGCGACGGCUCGACCUUGGCGCCCGAGGGCAGCACCUCGCAGGCGCCGGGCUGCGCCGAGCUGGCGGGCGGCCCCCGCGAGGAGAGCGUGCCGGAGCCGUGGCCAGGCACGGAGAGCGACACCGAAGAGGACGCCUCCGUCGUCUCGAGCGACGGCUCGACACUGGCGCCCGGGGGCCUCGCGUCGGAGGCGCGUGGCGGCGCCGAGCGGGCGGGCGCGCCCCGCGAGGAGAGCGACACCGAGCCGCUGUGGGACACGGAGAGCGACACCGAGGCGCUCUGGUGCGCGCCCCGCGACCGCGGGCUGGCCGUGGCCCCGGGCGCGCUCCUCGGCGCGGCGGCGCCGCGGGGGGCGGCCGUGCCGCCAGCACAGCCCGCAGCGCCAGCGUGCGGCGGCCAGGGCCCAGCGGCAGCUCGCGGCGUGCUGGCAGGUGCCGUCGCCAGGGCGGAGGGCGGCGCCGACGGCCUGCAGCCUGCCGUGCGGGUUGCCGCGUCGGCCCUCGAGGCGGCAGAGGCGGGGUCUGCGGAGCGGGGCCGCGGCUGCGCUCGAGCUGGCGAGGCGGACGCGACCGAGGGGGCGCGGGCGGGCAGGGGCGGAGGCGGGGGCGGAGGCGGGGGCGCAGGCCGGCAGGGCGGAGGCGAGCAGCAGGGUGGCGAGGGGGCGCAGGCGGGCAGAGGGCUGGCGGCCUUUCAGAUGAGGCAGUCGCUGCUGCCUCGUGGGGUGACCACCCUUAUGCUGCGCAACCUGCCCCCGGAGGUGAGCCAGCGCAUCUUGCUGGAGGAAGUCCUCCAGGUCCACAAUUCUGGCUUCGCCGGCAGGGUGGACUUCUGCUAUGUGCCGCAUGACUUCGUUUCUGGGAGGAACCGGGGCAUUGCGUUGCUCAACUUCACCUCGCACAAGGCGGCCGCCGAGUUUCAUCGGGCGUGGCACGGGCGCCUGGAGUUCGCGGGGCGCGCGGCUGGCGCGGCUGGGAUCGACAUCUCCGUGGCAGCGGUGCAGGGCCUGGCCGCGAUCCUCGCACUGUCGCAGCGUUGGGCUGGUGCCGAUUCGGGACUAGUCCGCCUUACUAACCUGUAG